GAAUAGGCGGCAAUAAUGGAGUGAUGUGAUAUCACAUGACAACUGGGCUUGGUGCUGCUUUCUCUGGAUCCUCAUCGGCGGAUAUGACACUUUGGAGCUCAGGCAGACGGGAAACCUCCUCCAGCAGACGCACAAUGAUCCAGCUUUUUCUCUCUGGACCGAGCUGCUUCCUCUUUCGGACCGCUCCAAACUCUCACAGGUCGAAUAAAUCCCGCAGUUCCUGAGAGAGAAGCCGCAGAAGCCUUUGGUGCGUCCGGAAGGUCGGGAGUUUUGAGCUCAGCUUCGUGCGUGCGGUGGACUGAGGGCUUUCCCUCCACGUACACAGCCCCAGACUCACCUGCAGAGGCAGGACCACGAUGCGCUCCAGGAAUGCACUCCCCCGGUUUUCCUCCCUUCUGUGUUUGCUCUUCCUCCCUACCGUUUUCUCCUCCUCACCCCGGCCUCAGUGGAUUCUCCAGCGUGUCCCUGUGGUCCUACCCCAGCAAACGGAAGCUCGACCAGACCCCCAGUUCUUGAAUCCAGCACGCUUGGAUGUUGCCUCCCACUGUGACCCAGAAUGCCACAAGAAAGCCCCACGCCCAAGCUACUGGGAUUUGCGACAUCAUCUGGCCUAUGAAACUCUCCAUUCUAAUGGUGAACUAACUGAGACUGCCAUUGGAAUUUAUGGCUACAACUCCAGUUUAAGCACCAGUCCAGCAUAUUCCACUGGUAAAACUGAGCAGACACAUGUCAGGAGAAAACGACAAAUCUUUGGUCACGAUGGGCGGUUCAGCAUUGUAGGCCAAAAUUUCCUACUCCAGUUUCCGUUCUCAGUGGCUGUCAAACUGUCCACUGGGUGUUCUGGUACACUAGUGGGGGACCGCCAUGUCCUCACGGCUGCUCAUUGUGUUCAUGACGGCAAAAACUAUGUGAAAGGAGCCCAGAAGCUUCGGGUUGGCUUUCUAAAACCCAAACUAGAUGCACGACAUUCACCCAUCUUCUUUCCCUCAAACUUUACCAACCAUGUUGAGGGGGGCCCUGGUCAAUAUGCCCCUCCCAUCAGUGACAAAAUGAAGUUCCAAUGGAUCAGAGCCAGACGUACCCAUGUUCCCAAAGGCUGGAUCAAAGGUACUGCCAAUGACAUUGGGAUGGACUAUGACUAUGCUUUGCUUGAGCUCAAAAAACCCCACAAGCGCCGCCACAUGAAGUUAGGAGUCAGCCCCCCAGCUCAGAGACUGCCUGGUCGUCGGGUCCACUUCUCAGGAUUUGAUAACGAUCGCCUGGGACAGCUGGUGUACCGGUUCUGUAGGGCCGGAGAAGAAACUUCAGACUUGUUGUACCAACACUGUGAUGCUCAGCCUGGUGCCAGUGGGUCAGGAGUCUACGCCAGGAUGUGGAACGGGCGCCGCCGGCGCUGGGAGCGCAAGGUGAUAGGCGUGUUUUCUGGGCACCAGUCGGUGGAGCGCCAAGGGGCGUCUCAUGAAUUCAAUGUAGCGGUGAGAAUCACACCUCUGAAAUAUGCACAGAUCUGCUACUGGAUCAAAGGGAACUUUGUGGACUGCAGAGAGGGCUGAGAGCAGAGUGAAGAAAGAGGGUCAACAAACCACUGACCCAUCCUUCUGGAAGGCUACUAGAUGAUUCCACGUUUUAUCCCUUUUGUGUGUAGCACUGAUGCAUUAUUAUGAAUAUUUGUUUCAUUUGCCAUAAUUCUCAGACUUCAAUAUCCAAGUGACUGAAAAACACUAUUUUAUUUUGAUGGAACAAACAGGAAGCACCAUUACUCUGCAGUUAAACCCUUUUUGAGCUCAGACUAAAGAUUGCACUGUUAAGACUUUGUUCUACUGAGGAUCAGAUCUGAUGAUGAAUGUAAAACUCCAAAGAUGCCGUUUUCUGCACUCUUACACAUAAAAAUUAUCUAGAUGCAUAAUGUACUGAAUGCUAAAAUGCUUUUUAAUAAGAAUAAUCUGUUUUAAAUGCAAA